AUGUUUGGAAUCAAGAAUUACACUCCCAAGGACGUACCGACGACAAAAAGCAAGACGGUGCUGGUGACCGGGACCGAGGCCGGGUUCGGCCGGCGAAUGGUGGAGACGCUCUCGGGCGCAGGGCACACGGUGGUGGCGGCCAUGCGCGAGAUCAAGGGCAUCAACGCGACGGCUGCUUCGGAGCUGCGUGAGCUGCCCAACGUGGUGGUCAUCGGCCUCGAUGCCAGUGCCGACGACGCAAAGAUCGAGUCGGCUCUGCACGCGGCAGCGGCGGCAGCCGGCUCGCCCAUCGACGUCCUCCUCCUCAUGUCGGCGACGGGCAAGAUUGGCCAAUCGUCCGAUGAGCUGAUGGCGUACUUUGACGAGCGGAUCGCCAGCCAGCACCGCAUUGCGCGGACGGUCUCGCACGACAUGGCCAAGCGCGGCCACGGCUCGAUCAUCUUCAUGUCGCGGACGCCGCUCGACAUGGGCACCGACAGUGCCGGAGUUGGCGCGUUCUCGGCCACGCAGUGGGCCAUCGAGGCUCUUGCCCGGACGAUGCGAACCGAGCUCCGCAGCUCGGGCGUGGACGUCUUCUUCUUCCCGGCCGGCGCCGAGCUGUACGAUCUCGACGAUGUCGAUCCGGACAUGUUCUUCGAGACGACGGCCAAGCAGCUCGAGGCCGGCGCCGCGCCGCCCGACCCGCUGGUAGUUGCCGGUACGCUGCUGCAGCUUGUGGGCCAAUGA